AUACUCUAUAGCACGAACUCUCUGCGCAUUACGCAACACAUCACCUCUCGAUCCAGUCAUGCCUAAAUGUCGCCUUUGCAACGACUUCCAGCGCAGCGCGCGCCAGUUUCGUCUCGCGUUUGACUGCAGUCAGCAGGCAUUAAUCCAAUCGGCAAACGGUGGAUGCGUCAUCUGUUCAAUUCUGUUGGAAGGAUUCCAGCACUUUGAGGCGAAACUUGAGGUUUCUCAAGACAAUGAUCGCAUCUACGUCUGGGGUGGUGAUGUCGAUGGUGGCGGAGCGGUAGAGAUGGAGGUUUUCAGUGACGGUGCUCUCAGAAUUCGUCUGGAAUUCUUCAACACGAAGGGCAAGACCAGCAUUCUACAAGGGGCGCGGAUGCUGCCUAUUGUCCCCGGAGAUACCCGAGCGCCGGCUUCAAUCGGAUGGGCGAAGCAACGUUUGCAGGAAUGUGUUGACUCACACGCUUCUUGCGGUCAAGAAAGCAUCCCAGAACUUCCAAAUCGGGUACUCGAUCUAAGAUCGGGCGCGGAUGACAUGAUGAAUAUCAAAUUGAUCAGAACGCAAGGUUUGGAUGCACGAUAUGCAUGUCUAAGUCACCGCUGGAGUAAACCUGCAGCUUUGACAACAGUAAAGUCCAACUAUGUUUCGCACACCAAAGGCAUAGGAUGGGACGUAUUUCCAAAAACGUUUAUAGACGCAAUCACUAUCGCGCAAGAUCUGGGUCUCCGGUAUCUUUGGAUCGACUCUUUGUGCAUCAUCCAGGACGACGAAGAUGACAAGUUGCAUGAGAUAGCGAAAAUGAGUUCAGUCUACACCAACUCAUACAUCACUAUUGCUGCUACUCAUUCGGAAAGCAGCAUGCACGGUUGCUACUCAACAGGGUCGCUCCAUCACCAAGACUACCAAAUUUCAUCGUCGAAGCAACAUAGUGCUGUCGCGAUGGAAACAGAUCUCUAUGUCCGGGAAAAGAUAGCGCAUAUUGGCGAAGAGCGCGCGAUGACACCCCUGCUAAAACGUGGAUGGGUCUGUCAAGAACGAUUGCUCUCGCCCAGGGUUCUCCACUAUUGCGAGAAAGAGCUUGUCUGGGAAUGUCGAGAGUCAAGUAGCUGUCAAUGUUCUUGUUUCAAUCCGCCGAUACACCACAAGCAAAAGUACAUGGAAGUCUUCCGCCGUGGUGUAUCCAUCGAUGACUAUAAUGCUCGCAUCGUUGGUAUGUCUAGUUUCAGUUUGUGGAGUACAGCACAUCUGGAUCCUUGCGAUGACAAAGAUGGUCGUGGUACCCUCGUUAUACCACCAGCAUGGUCCCUAUGGUUCAAAGGUGUCGUUGACGCUAGUAAUCUUGAUCCGUAUGUAGAACCACGGAUGACGCUGAGAGAAUGGAUGCACCGCCAUAAUUUCCGCAACACCUCUAAUGCAGUUACCUCUGCUCUCCGGUCAAUCAUCAGGAGAUGGAGAUACAUUAUCAGCGACUAUACCGGCAUGGAUCUGACGGAACGACGAGAUCGUCUACCAGCUAUAGCCGGCGUAGCGAGCCAAUUCGAAAGUCUCCUAGGUGGUAGAUACUUAUCAGGGCUUUGGGAGAGCGCCUUGCCUGGCGAUUUGCUAUGGCGUGUAGAUCAAUCCGGGCAGCAUACGCCACAGUACAGAGCCCCCAGUUGGUCUUGGGCAUCAAUUGAAGGAAAGAUCAAAUACUACAAGAUGACGUCGUAUCAUCCAGAAUUUUCAAUCGUCCGCGCGCUUUGCGAUCCGCUUUCGAAGAUCAAUCCAUUCGGCGAGGUGGCGAGCGGCUUACUGGAAAUC